AUGUUAAGAUCGAACUCAAAAAACAAAGAAAAUUUGAACAGUAAAGAGAGAAGAACUUCCUCUCUUCAACGACGACGAUCCGUUUUAUCAAUCUUAUCAUCUUCUAGUUCUAUUCAAAAACCUGAACGUGGUCGUUCUCAAAAUCGAAUUAUUACAAAUAAUUACAUUGACAUAAAUAAAGUUAUUACUACUUGUAGAAAUGAUAAUGGUACUAUAAAUGUAGAUAUACAACAAAAUAAUUUAUCUUCUGAACAACCACAAUCAUCAAUAAGUCCUGAUCAUUUAUCACACCAAAAUGAUAUUGAAGAUGGUAUUGAACGAAGUGAUAAUGAAAGCUCAGGAGGAAAUCGAAGCUGGUCUACAACAUCUCGUGAUAAUGUGUGA